GCGCGGAAUAGGAAGGGAAAAAAUUGUUUGACGGCGACUUUGGACUUUGUCUGGUUCACGACCACUUCCAGACUCGCUAUUCUUCUCCUGCUUUCCCCUCUCGCUCUGCCCGCCUUCUCGUCUUCCUCUCUUCCUCUCUCCCUCUCCCUCUCCCUCUCCCUCUCCCUCCCUCGCCUCAACUUCUCAACUCCACCAUCCAUCCAUCCAUCCAACGCCAAUUCCGCCCUUCUCACCCUCCCCCCUGCUGGCUCCCGAUAGUUGGCGCGCGCCGUCCGUGUCGUCAUGUUCCCCCAUGGCUACGCGGACCGUCAGUCUGAAUCCGUAACGGAUGGGGUGACCGCGAUGAAGCUGGAGCCCGACAGUGCCACCGAGGCUCCCACCUCAAACGGCGGAGGUGCUGGGAUCAAGGAUGACCCCGACAGGCCGUCCAACUCACCACCCACGAUGCCCCAGAACAAUGGUUCUGCUGCCCCCGCCACCAAAUCGCGGUCUUCCUCCGGUACUCCGAUCAAAAGGGACGAGCAUCUCGAUGAACACGACGUCCAUGCCUCCAGCACGGAGGAGAGAAUCGCGGGCGACAUCACCGUCAAACUGGAGCCCGGGCAGCCUCCCAAGUUGACUCGCAGCUCGUCCCAGAAGGUUGUCCCGCGCCCACCGCAGUUGUUCUCGCAUUUGCCCAACAGCACCGCGGAAGCUCGGUCGACGUUCGAGUUGAUGGAAACCUGCACGUAUGCCAACAAAUAUAUGGGAUAUACGGAACAUGCGAUGGAAUGCGAUUGUGCUGAGGAAUGGGAAUCAUCGAUCGGUCAAAAUCUGGCGUGCGGAGAGGACUCGGACUGCAUCAAUCGCGCAACCAAAAUCGAAUGUAUGGGAGACUGUGGAUGUGGUCCGGAAUGCCAAAACCAGCGAUUUCAGCGCAGAGAGUACGCUCCUGUGUCUGUCAUUAAGACGGAGAAGAAAGGAUUCGGACUGCGUGCCGAGGCCGACCUGCGACCGCAUCAGUUCAUCUUUGAGUAUGUGGGUGAAGUGAUCAACGAAGGCCAAUUCCGACGGCGCAUGAGGCAGUACGAUGAGGAGGGCAUCAAACAUUUCUAUUUCAUGUCGCUCAGCAAGGGCGAAUUCGUCGACGCGACCAAAAGGGGCAAUUUGGGCCGGUUUUGUAACCACUCGUGUAAUCCCAACUGCUAUGUCGACAAGUGGGUCGUCGGAGAGAAGCUUCGCAUGGGUAUCUUUGCGGAAAGGAGUAUUCAGCCGGGCGAGGAGCUUGUCUUCAACUACAACGUCGACCGCUACGGAGCUGACCCCCAGCCCUGCUACUGUGGCGAACCAAAUUGCACGGGCUUCAUUGGUGGGAGGACCCAGACGGAGCGGGCAACCAAGCUUUCGAAUGCGACGAUCGAAGCCUUGGGAAUUGACGAUGCGGAUGGAUGGGAUACCGCGGUGGCUAAGCGCCCGCGCAAGAAGAAGAUGGGCGAGGAUGAUGAAGAAUAUGUGGAUAGCGUGCAGCCCAAGUCUCUGGAUGAAAAUGGCGUCACCAAGGUCAUGGCGGCCUUGAUGCAGUGCAAGGAGAAAUGGAUCGCAGUCAAACUUCUGGGCCGCAUCCAGCGUUGCGAGGACGAGCGGGUUCGCAAUCGCGUUGUCAAGAUGCACGGCUAUCAAAUUCUCAACUCGCAGCUGGCCAUGUGGAAGGAUGAUACCAAUGUCGCGCUGCAGAUCUUGGACAUUCUCGACGGGUUCCCUCGCUUGACUCGGAACAAGAUCAUCGAUUCGAAAAUCGAGUCGACCAUUCAACCGUUGACGAGCUGUGGUGAGGAGCGGGUCGAGAAGAAGGCGGCUGCGCUUCUGCAAGGCUGGUCGACGCUCGCAGUCGGCUACCGCAUUCCGCGGAUGAAGAGGGACCCGGCCGCCUUCGCACAGGUGAAGGCGGUCAAUCAGUUUGAGCGACGAGAGACGAACGCUCGCGAUGAGCGGCGAAGAUCCAAAUCACGCUCCCGAUCAAGAUCGCGAUCAAUCGAGGCCCCCCGCGGGCCGGCCGCUCAGAGUCGCGGCGGACACGGCGCACGAAACACGCACCAUCACGGACCUAGACCAUUUCGCCGCCAGUUCAACCCGCUGCCGACAGGCUGGUUUGCCGCCGAAUCCAAUGGGCGGACAUAUUACUACUCAGCGCGUGGCGACACCACCUGGACACGCCCUACGGUGCCGGCGCCUCAACCCCCUCCGCCGCCUAAAGAAUCGAGAGACAAGGCGCUGCAAGAUAUCAUCGACGGUAUCAUGAACGCCAAAGAAAACACCCCUAAGGAGAAGACCGGCACGCCAGCCACCCCGCACACCUCCAAACCCACCCCGGAGAAAAAGGAAUCACAGGAGAAGUGGAGGAACUACAGCGAAGAGAAGCGGAAAAAGCUCUACGAGAAUACGUUAUUUCCUCACGUCAAGUACAUCGUGGACAAAUUCAAGCACAAACUUCCGAAAGACGACCUGAAGCGUUAUGCUAAAGAUGUAGCCAAAAAGCUGGUCAACUCUGAUUUCAAGAACAACCGGGUGGACGAUCCCACCAAGAUCGACGAAAAGCAGCAGAAGAAGGUGAAGAAGUUCUGCAAAGAAUACUUUGACAAAGCCGUAGCGAAACACCGGGCCUACGAGAAGCGGAAAGCAGAGAAGCAUGCGCAAGGAACGGACUCGAAACCAGACGAUACGCCUCGAAUCCCCAGCGACGACGAGGCAUUGGAUGAUGUCAAGAUGUCCGACGAUGAGGGAGAUAAGGCCGAGGAGAAGGAGACGUCCGCAAGCGUGGAAGAUCUCCAGGGGGGUCAGAAACGGAAGCGAUCCGAGUCUAACAUCGGAGAGGGAAUCGCCGGCGACGAAGCUGCUUCGUCUUCCAAACGACAACGUUCUUCAACGCCUCCGCCGCCGCCGCCACCGCCGCCACCUCCGGACGAGAGCAACGACGAGAGCCCUCAUGAUACUGGGGAAAACCCGACGGAACAAUCCCAGUCCAAUGGAGAUUACACGCCGGACCUGAACGAGCUCGAGCGAUCGCAUUGAAGGGAGGGAGGGUGUAAGCGGCCUGUCGUCUUUCUUUUCUAUUUCCUUUGUUUUUCUCCCAUUUUCUUUCCCCCUUUGGCCUUCUUUUUGAAGCAUUUCGAACAGGAGUUUAGCGGCGUUGAUCUUCUUGCGUAUCUAUUUUCUUUUAAUACCUUUCAUUUCCUUGUUUUAUCUUCGUCACUCUAUUCCUCUUGAUUCUCACCAUGUUUCUAUGCUAUUUUAUUUUUGAUGUGUCGCACACGGUCAAUACCCCCUAUAUUCGCGCUCAGUUACUGGUUAUAUUGCAUAGGUACCCUCUGGAGAUUCCACCCAACAGCAGCAGGCAGGAAAAGAGAUGGUCGGACUGCCUCUCUUUGAUCAGUGUAUAACUAAAUAAACGUCUUUCUCAGUUCUGAAAUAGUUUCUUCCAUCUACCCAGGUUGG